ACUUUUUGCAUCGUAUUGACAUUAGUGACAUUUGUGAGUUGUUGAUUCCUUGACUUGUUCACUCAAGAAAUUAAUAUUUUUUUUGUGAAAUACAAAAAAAAACAAACAUUUUUUGACGACAUUGUUCGAAGACAUUGGUUGUAUCCGUAAUAAUAGACUAGCAUUUAGGCACUACGUUUCAUUUGUAAAACAAUAAAAUGUCUGGCACCACUUCGGAUCCCAUCAAGACAUGUGAUGCUGGAAGUAAGACUGCUGAAUCUAGCCUUUCGAUAACUAGUCAACAAGUCGACGAGAAUACGGAGACGACACAGAGCAAAGAUACUGUUGAAAGUAUGGAUUGUAAUGAAGAAUCCUCAGAAGAGACUGCAAAAAGCUUAGAAUCAGGUUCAGGUGUCAUAAUAGUAGACACUGAAGAUGAUGAAGACUAUAUAGACAGCAUUGUGCCACCGUGUGUGAGAACCAGGGAUGUUACACUCUACACUGAUGAUGUUGGACCACAGAUGUAUAAUGCCAAAGGUAGCCUUGUCACCCCUCCAAUUAUAACAAGGCGGUUACCUGAUGUAUUUGCUUUCCUACCUGUGUUUGGGGCACCUCCAAAAAAUGUUAAGUUGGAGGACUUCUUAAAUCAAAAAAUAAGAGAGUUUGUGGGAUGUGAUAUGAAUGAUGAAGAGUUCUCAGAACUGGAAAGAUAUUGCAGUCCAGAUCAUUUAAGAAGUGAUAUAGACCUGACAAUGAGAUCUAAUGUGCCAAUGAUGGGAGUUUUGAACAUGCAUAUAAACAGUGAACCUAAAAUUGAGGGGAAAAAGAAAACUCUCUCCCUGUCCACAUAUAAAAGAAAUAAGUCGAGAAUUGCUAGGGAUCGUAAAGGACUGUUCUCCAAGAAGCUUAAGUACAGAGGAGUGCGGAUGCUGCCUUUCACUCAGGAAGACAAUCCAUUGAAUGAGCCAUCACCUGAAACAACUUCACCUGACAAUAUUACUCCACCUAUUACAACUCCUGAUGAAGACCUAGAGCCAGGAAAAGAUGUGAUAUAUCGAGUGAGGGUCUACAGACCAUAUGCCUACCAUUCGGCCAAGGAUAGAUUUACUCGCACCCGGCACUCGGUGUUCUGCUACGACAUCGUGUUGACGGGCCGCAACACGCUGGCGCAGCUGCGCGACCGCUUCGUGUGCCACAACGACUUCGACUCGCGGACCGACGUCUCGCAUCACCCUGACAGGCUGCCCACACAGAAAGCUAAGGAUUUGUUCCCGUCUGGGUUUUUGUUUAUCAACAACGUGUUCUACGUGGAUACGCGCAAAGGAUGCAUCGACUACAGCGAGCCGAUCCGUGCGUGGGCCAUCAAGAGCAAACUCGGCGAGUUUCCAAAGAAAGACAUGUGCACUGUCACACUCGGAGAACUGACGUUAAAGCUUGGAUAUCCUGAGGUGUACGUGCACCAGGGCAACUGCGAGCACGUGUUCAUAUUCUCCGAGGCCCGGCUGCUGUCGGCGGCGGACCCGCUGCGCGCGGCGCGCUACCCCUGCUCCAGCGCCAUCGCGCAGAACCAGACCACCUACUGCACCACCUGCGCAGAGAUCUCCGCCAAGUGGAUCGUCGUCGGCUGCACACGAGUGCCCUUCGACCCUUCCUUCUUCUGCGAGACUUGUUUCAAACUCUACCUGUAUAAGGACGGCAAGAAGAUUGGCGAUUUUAAAGCCUACUCCUACAGGGGAAACGCCUUGAAUGUUUUAAAGCCACAGUAAUAUUGUGUAACUACGCCGAGUUUCGGGUAGGUAAAACAGGCAGCCAAUAACGCGUUAGGAACAUUUUCUGGUAAAACCCUAUUUCGAUCUUUUAUAAUGUUCCGGAAGAAAUUGUCCAAGACUGAAAUACAAACAGAUAAUUGAUUAGUUAAGUACAGAUAAAUAAUCAUAGUCAAAGUACUACGUACCUACUAUGUGAAUUACUUCAAUAAAAAUAUGUGUUAUGUGUAAAACUCGUUUCUACUACCCACACUUUUCCAACUUACCAUUUUAUAAAGGCUGUUUGUACUAGCACGUUACUUACAGUAAGUUGUAGUAAAUUUAUCUCUUACUUAGCUUAGAUCAUUCCUGUGCGGUUCAUAUAGUUACUCAGUGAUUUAUGGCUAAUAAGUGUCAAACCAAAACUUAUGUGAUCUUCUAAAUAAAUUUAUAUUUUAAUUA